AUGCAAGAUGAAUAUGGUGCUUUAAUUAAAACUAGGACUUGGGAUUUGGUGCCUAAGCCUACGGGGGUGAAUGUUGUGAAUUUUAUGUGGAUUUUUUCUCACAAAGAAAAUGACAAAGGUGACCUUUUAAGGCACAAAGCUAGACUUGUUUGUGAUGGCAGGUCGCAGAAAAAAGGUGUAGAUUGUGAUGAGACUUUCAGCCCAGUUGUCAAGCCUGCUACAAUCCGCACUGUUCUGGGUCUAGCUAUGGCUAGAAAAUGGUCUAUUCAUCAUCUUGAUUUGAAAAAUGCAUUUUUACAUGGUGAUCUACAGGACACGGUUUAUAUGCAUCAACCACUAGGUUUUGUUGACAGACGGGCUCCUAAUUAUUUAUGCUUAUUUAGGAAAGCACUAUACGGCCUGAAACAUGCCCAUCGGGGGUGGUAUCAGCGAUUUGCUAAAUUCUUAUUGCAGAUGGGUUUCACUAUUGCAAAGAGUGACACCUCCCUAUUCAAUUUUCGCAAUGGUGAUGAUAUGGCUUACUUAUUGCUUUAUGUUGAUGAUAUUAUUCUAUGCACUUCCUCUAAUCCUUUUCUUGAUCGCUUAAUUUCUCAUUUGCAAACGGAAUUUCCCAUGUCAGAUUUGGGGCCAUUGAACUAUUUUCUAGGUAUUUCCGUCACACGUACUCCUUCCUACAUGUUACUUUCCCAGCAAAAGUAUGCACAGGAAAUUCUGGAACGUGCAGGCAUGGGAACAUGUAAGCCUGCUGCCACUCCUGUCAAUACUAAUGCAAAGCUAAGUGCGGAUUCCGGUCCUUCUGUGCAGGAUCCUACUCAUUACCGCAGUUUGGCAGGUGCACUUCAGUACCUUACUUUUACUCGCCCUAACAUUGCCUACGCGGUUCAGCAAGUAUGCCUUUUCAUGCAUGAUCCCAGGGAGCCUCAUUUUAAUGCAUUAAAGCGCAUUCUUCACUACAUUCAGGGCACCAUUGAUCACGGAUUACAUUUAUAUCCUACAUCUACUUUACACUUGAUUACAUAUACUGAUGCAGAUUGGGGUGGGUGUCCUGACACUCGUCGUUCGACUUCGGGAUAUUGUUGCUUCUUAGGCGACAAUCUUAUUUCUUGGUCUUCUAAGCGUUAA